AAGCCCAUUGGCUGAUUUGUUAUACACCCAUACGAGAAGGUGAAUGUCUUCAAUCUUCAUAGCUGCCAUAUUGAAUAGAGGCAAGGAAGUGCAUCGUGUUUUGAUCGAAUUAAAUGUUCGCGUAAACAUAUGCAUGAUUAUUUGACAUUGCAAUGGAAUGACUCUGUAAAUGUGGCAUGGGUUCCUUUUCAAAAGUUGGAUAAACAUUUGGAAAAAAUAAGAAAACAUUCAAAAAAUCUGUAUAUAAGGAGAAAUGCCUCCACCUCCUCCACCCCCUCCAGGACCUCCUCCUCCUCCUGCAGCUCCUUCGAAAAAAUCUGGAUCAGCACCACCACCCAGUAAUAAAAAUCGAGGAGCUCUGUUAAGUCAAAUCCACAAAGGAGCAAGAUUAAAGAAAACUGUUACCAAUGAUCGAAGUGCCCCAGUUGUUGAUUCUAAAGGUGGUGGUGGGGGCAAAGGUCCCUCUGGAGGUGGCUCUCCUGCUGGUGCUGGUGGUCUCGGUGGUCUGUUUGCAGGUGGUAUGCCGAAAUUACGACCUGCUGGUUCAAGAGGUGGAGCAGGAGGAGCAGCAUUAAGACCACCAGGGUCGCGACCCACCACUCCUUCCAAAACAACUCCCGCACCAAAUGCGAGUAGCGGAAGUGCAGGUCCACCACCGCCUCCUGGUAGGGCUCCACCUGGUAGCAAGAGAUCUGUGGUUGAUGCUCUACCACCGUCUCCUAGCAUGGGCCCUCCUCCCCCACCUCCUGGAAGAAAUGUUGGGUCAUCCAGCAACCAUAGUGCGGCUAAUUUUCCACCGCCGCCACCAAUUAACAGAAAUGAAAGUCCUCGUGGUCCUUCGCCACCACCUAAUCGAAAUUUCACGCCUUCUAAUGCUAGGCCUUCUGUAAGAGGUAGCGGUCCACCCACUCCUAGUCGUACUUCAACUGCGCCACCAACGCGAUCACCUGUUCCACCACGAUUGCAUUCUGCUCCACCCCCGCCACCUAGUAGAGGACCAUCUGCCCCUACAUCUACCCCAUUUAACCGUGCCCCUACACCUUCCUCAUUUAAUCGUGCUCCCACACCUUCCCCCUUUAAUCGUGGUCCUACGCCUCCUCCACCAAACCGAGGCCCGACACCUCCACCGCCAAACCGUGGCCCUGUGCCUCCACCAAACCGUGGCCCUGUGCCUCCACUCAAACCGUGGCCCUGUGCCUCCACCGCCAAACCGUGGCCCUAUGCCUCCACCGCCAAACCGUGGCCCUACUCUUUCCCUACCAAACCGUGGCCCAGCACCUCCGUCAUUAAACCGUGGCCAACACCUCCACCACCAAACCGUGGCCCUCCACCAAGAGGAUUGGGUGCCCCUCCUCCCCCCUCUCGUGGUGGACUUCCUCCACCUCCGCCAUCAUCAAACAGACCAUCUAAUAAUUUAGGGGCUCCUGCACCACCUCCUCCCCCUCCUGCAUCGUCUGCUCCGCCUCCACCUUCUCGUGGAGGACCACUUCCUCCACCUCCACCAGGCACUUCAUUUAGGGCCCAAGGGCCACCUCCACCACCACCAGGUCGUGGACCUCCUGGCCCACCGCCCCCAUCAAACAAUAGAAGUAAUAGUGGGAAUCCCUCUCUGCCUACUGGGAAAUUGGUAGUGCCUCCACCACCACCUUCUCGAGGACCACCACCAGGCGCACCUCCUCCACCUACACGAUCGGCUCCUCAGCAGCCUUCGAAUACACAGUUUUCACCUUCUUCUUCGUCUUCAAAUGCAAUUGGAAAUAAAAAAAAAUACACUUCGGCGGACAAUCACAUUUUAAAUGGUCCUCAACCACAAAUAGGCAGAACUUCAAGUACUACAGAUGAUUUUGAGACGCGAUUUAGUUUCAAAUCAGAUUUACCUCCGCCCGAGCCUUACAAAGAAUUUCCGAAAACCUAUCCCAGUAAGAAUAGGAAGGAUAGAGGUGCAGUUCAAAGGGCGCCUCCGCCUAACCCCACCGGUGCAGUGAGAAGUGCUGCACCGCCCCCACCGCCCCACCUUCAAGAGGAAAUCAACCUCCACCACCUCCACCAGUUUCUAGAGGAGCACAACCUCCACCACCUCCACCAGUUGCUAGAGGAGCACAACCUCCACCACCUCCACCGGUUUCUAGAGGAGGGCAACCUCCACCACCUCCCGGUUUCUAGAGGAGGGCAACCUCCACCACCUCCACCGGUUUCUAGAGGAGGGCAACCUCCACCACCGCCGCCACCUCGUAGAUUGUAA